UGCCACAGACAGCCCCAAGACUCAGCCAGCGUCGCGGAGGCGUCCGCUGACACACGCCGCCUCAAUGCACCUGUUGAUCUGUUUCUGUUGCACUAGCAGCUGCUUACUCAGAUAAUCCACGGCUGGAGACACGACGCAUAGCCCUGCGUCAGACCAACAGUGUCUCGCCAACAGGAGCCCGCGGAAUGAAAACCGAAGACCGGAACAACAACGCCCCCUGUAUUCGUAUCGCCGUCCUCGGAGACGUCGGUGUGGGCAAGUCCGCUUUGACGGUGCGAUUUUUGACGAGGCGGUUCAUCGGCGAAUAUCGUUCAGAUACUGAUCUCCUCUACCGUCAGAGCAUCGUGAUUAACAACAUCCUGUUUGAUGUGGAAGUAGUGGACAUUACGGGAGAAACGAGGGACAGACGCCUGCCUGUGGAGCAGGUGGAGUGGUCGGAUGCGUGCGUGCUCGUCUACUCCAUCACGGACCGGCGGUCCUUCAACUACAGCCAGCAGGUGCUCCAGCAGCUGACUCAGGCUGCCAGGCCCACAGCCCUGCUCGCCAACAAGGCCGACCUUGAGCAUCUCAGGCAGGUGCAGCAGGAGGAGGGCCGGCGGGCGGCGGCGCGCGCGGGCUGCGCCUUCUACGAGGUGUCGGUGGCGGAGGACAGCGGCGACCUGUACGCCGCCUUCGAGUCGCUGCUGCGCGAGAUCCGCCUGGCGCAGCCCAAGGCGGCGCGCAAGUUCUCCGUGUCCAAGAUGCUGGGCACACUGAAGGCGGGCCGCGCCGCCAGCGCCGCCAACGUGAACAGCGUCAGCUGCGUGCCCGCCGGCGCCGGCGGCAGCGUCGUCGUGUGUCGCGGAGCAGACCUGCACCACCGGCGGCGCGUCCUGCGCCGGAGGCAGACUUUCAGCGCCACCGCCUCCCUCUGACGGCCGCCGCUGCCGGUGUUCAUCUGGAGGGCCGCCUGCCUGCCCUUCGCUCUACACUGUUAUUACAGUUCUCGGGUGUACCCAGUAACUCUGGGUUCCACUUUCAAACAAGUUACUCAGUUGUACCAAAGGCUACAGUGCUCUUCAGAGAGCAGCAUGUCCGGUAGCUGGCAGAGAAACACUGUUGAACGUUCGACUGAUGGAGACGCGCUGCCUACUUUGCUAAGAAGGCCACUGCAUCAGUGUGUUAUCCGGCUACCUAGUCGCUAAGUACUUUGCACAUGGCCUGCUAGCUGCAGCUGAGUUAUCUGUACAACAUAUAUCAUGUGCUGAACAUUUUCUACAGCGCACAGUGACGAUCGUAUCUGUCACUCGGAGUUUGCUCAAUGCUGAUCCUACUCAAAUACGACACCUGUCCCCAGAAUGACACUCAUUGGUGAUUUCCUCAGUUCUGAAUGCCAUCUCGGACUUAGUCACCUUAACAGACACAACACAUAAAAAAAUCAGUCGUCACAAUCCUCUAUACGUGAUUUUUAAAAUGUAUUUUUCAUAAAAAUACACACCCCAAUACAAAUAUGUAGCGAACGGAUUUGGUGCGUUCAGUUUUUAUUCUGGUGUGGCAAGUGAGAGCAGAGUGGUGAUAGAUCUGUUAUGCUUCACACGUGAUAUUCCACCAACUCCCGAACAAAUAUACGGUGUGUAAAGAUUAGUAAUGCUCGUCUGGUCGGAAGUCAUCUCGAAUCUCUAGUGGAGUAGCAAGGGACGCCAUGCACCACCUUUUAGUAAAGUGCGACGUUUCUGUAUGGAUAAGCAAUAUUACAGAUGCUGGCUCUCUAAUGAAGAACAGUAGCGAGUUCAUAUAUCGCCAUCUAUCGGUCUACUCGAAUCCUCCCCUGCCCCCACCCCCUCCUCCCAGCAGCCAAAUCGAAGAUCUUAAGACACCAUUUUUACUGUUGCAGUUUAUAUGAAUUUAGAAUAACAUGAAAGUUUAAUAUAAUGUCUUAAAACAUUUAAUUUAUGGUAAUUUUGCUCAUAAUCAGAUUGACGGUACAAAAUUGUUAGCUAUUGUUUAUAACUAAGUAGAUGGGUGGUUUAAUGGUUGUGUAGUGAUGAUGAGGUGCCGUCCUCCAAGGAGCUGAGGGGACGAUGCGGUAGACCCGCACCGCCGGCUAGGCAAGGUCCUAGCGGAGGUGGUUUGCCAUUGUCUCCCUCCGACCGUAGUGAGGAUGAAUGAUGAUGAUGAAGACGCCAAAACACCACCCAGUCAUCUCGAGGCAGGGAAAAUCCCUGACCUCGCUGGGAAUCGAACCCUGGGCCCCGUGCGAGGGCAGCGAGAACGUUGCCGCAAGACCACGAGCUGCGGACAGUGGUUGUGUGAAAAGGGAGGUAAUAUGAGUAAGUGUAAGCUGAGCGUUUCGGGAGAUUCGUAAACCGAACUGUAACGUAAGUGUUUGGGGGACGUCAUUUACAAAAUCAGUGGAAGGGUGGCAGGGAAACAUGUCCGCCUUUUUACAUGGCCUAAUAGUGCCGUGUAUCAGCACGUGGUAAAUGUAACGAGAUAGAUUUAAGCGUUCUGGCCCAAUACAGGCCAAUCGAGUCCGACCGACCGACCGCCAUGUCAUCGGCAGCCAAUGUCGUUAUCGGAUAUGGUACUCAGAGAUUUGUGGUCAGCACGCCGUUCUCCAACUCGCUGUCGGGUUUCUUGCCCGUGGUGGUGUCAAAGGACAGCACACUGGAGGGUAGGGUGGAAAUCUGCUGACUUUUCUGACAAAGACUGGUUCUGACUCGAUGUCAGUGACAGUCGUCUCUGUUGGUUAGGAGGAGGCCAUUUGAGGGGCAUCAAACCAACUUGUUUGCGUUCUAGACACAGUGGACCAACACCUGGACUUA